AAUAGCUAGAGCGUGUGAUGUUUCCUCAGUGUGUAUACACUGGGACGAGGAGGUGUGCCUGGCUCAGUGUACGGCGCAGGACGUUGGAGGACAGACUACACUGACAGUGUUCUUGAUCGUGACACAUCGGUGAAACAAAGGAAUUUAACCUUGUCGGGUGAAGCUGAACCAGGAGUCUCACAGACUGAUACGAUGCAUCAGGGAGAAGACCACGCAGCGCCCCAGGGAGCCGCACGUCCAGUCACCAUACCUGACAAUUUCCAAUCUUUUGUUGCGGCCUGUCGCUGGGGUCACCUAGCUAUAAUCAGGUCCGCCGUGAAUGCUAGUGUGGUGGACGUGAACCGCCAUGGACUGAACGGGACGACACCGCUUAUAGAGGCAGCAGGGAGUGGACACUUAGAAGUCAUGAAGUUCCUUAUGGAUAAAGGAGCCGAUCCGAGACAGGUGGAAGGUACAGGUCGAAACAUUCUUCACGUGGCCAGCAUGAGAGGAGAUGUGCAGAUGUUGACCUAUAUCCUUGAAAAUGCCACAACAAUCCACAUCGAAACCACAACCGACGAGGGGAUGACAGCACUCGACUGGGCGCAGUACUGGGAGAGAGAGGAAGUGAAGACCCUCCUGUUGAACCGUGGCGCUCUACCAAGCUCUGUUAAAUCGUUUUCAGAAUUAUUAUAAGGAUUAAUUAAUUAACGUCCUGCGAGACCUUUUAGGACUCAUAAUAAAAUAAAACUUGGUAAAAUUGUU